AUGAUAAUUUUUGAGAACUUUGCUAUUUACACUAAUUUACCACAAGGAGAAAGAUCUCAGGUUGAUAUUUUCUGCAGAAAGCACAAUGUUGGAGUUAUUGGAUUUUUAUUCGAUGGUGAAACCUUCACAACUGAAGCCGGCACAUGGUCUAAGGUUGGAGAUCUACCACUCUACAUCCAUCGACUUGAAAAGCCUCCUCAGGGGCUUUAUACAUCAAAGAGUUCACCACUGUUCAGGAUUACACGUCCCAACCGGAUGAAUCCCGACAUACUUGAUAUUCAGGAACAAAUUUAUGGCACGCAAAACAUAACACGCACUCAACAUGUUUGUUGUAUGGCAACGUUGGUUCCUGUUUCAAAUAAUGUGCAUUCAUACAGAACUAUUGCAUUUACCAAAACUGGUGAAUAUUUUGGACCUAUGUCAAAUUAUGACUCAUUACCGGUUAAUAUGAAAAGUUGUGAGAAUUCCUCUACGGUGUCUGACAAUAGUACGCAUUCAAUUUUCCAGAGCUUAGUCUUGGAAGAUGUUGGUUUGUUUGAUGGGAUUCGACGUGUUCUAUUUGCUUUCCGUCCUGGAGGUAUUUGGAUCUCAUCGUUGCUGCUACUUGACACCAUUGUUUACCUAUCAAAUGGGAGUUUUCAUGCUUCACCACCGUCAUCUUAUCCUUUCACUUCUGAGUUUAAAGAAAUCGUGUCAAAAAUGAACCAGUCAGCAGCGCCAAAUGAAAUCGAUCUACUCAGAUGGGUACUAGUUGAUGUGGACGAUGUAUUUGUGCCCAAUCGGCAUGUUUAUCUUACGAUCGAUGAUAUAAAUGCGAUGAUUAAAGCUCAAAACUACUGGCGCACAUUCAUACCGAGGUUCACAUUCAAUAUGGGUUUCUGUGGUGCAUUUUUCAGUAAAUCACGUUGGUCAGAUAAGAUUGUUUACAAUCACCUGCUUGAAAAUCGUCACAAAUUUUGGUGGUUCGACCAUCUAUGGCAUCAUCGUAGACCACAUAUCAUGAAUAAAACUUGUAUCCAGCAGGAUAUUGAACGUAAUCGUCAGUUUGCUAAGGAUCAUGAUAUCCCAGUUCAAGACGGCUAUUCAAUUUCACCUCGUCAUUCUGGUGUUUAUCCAGUAUAUCCAGAUUUGUAUGAUGCUUGGCGUGCUGUCUCCAAUGUAAAUGUUACAUCUACAAUACAUUAUCCUUAUGUCAGACCAUCGGAUUUCCGUCUGGGCUUCCGUUAUAAAAAUAUUCAGGUCCUUCCUCGACAAACCUGUGGAAUUUACGCUCAUACAUUACAUCCAGAGGAUAUCCAAGGAGGAAUGGAACAGUUAAAUGAAUAUAUUUUGGGGGGAGCAUUAUUUCGCACAUUUCUAUUUAACCCGGUUUCUAUCUUUAUGACACACCUUGUCAAUUAUGGAAAUGAUCGCUUAGCGUUGUAUGUAUUCAAUACAGUCUUUGAGUUUAUUUCUAACUGGACAAAUAUAAAGCUGGUUACAUCAUCUCCACUGGAGUUAGCUGACAUAUACAUUGACCGUUUCAAGUUGUACGGCGUUAGUGAACUACCUUUAUAUUCGGAUCCUUGUCGUAAUGUACAUCUGUAUGAAUUGUGGCCAAGUCACUGGCCGUGUGGUUCAAAUCACUUGCCAAGUUUUAUUAUUAUUGGACCUCAGAAAACUGGUUCAACAGCUUUACUACAGUUUCUGUUGUUGAAUCCUGAAUUAACUGCUAAUCGAUUCCAACAUGAUUCCACUUUUGAAGAACUACAGUUUUUCAGUUCUGAUGAUAUUUAUUCACGUGGUGUACAUUGGUAUAUGAAUCAGUUUUUAAAUGAUUCAAUGUUACCACUAAGUGAUCUUCAACGAAAUGAUAGAAACGUGAACGUUACUUACUCUACAGACGAAGAUGUUCCCUUCACACGAUUUGAAAAGUCAGCUACAUAUUUUGAUAGUCCUAAGUCUCCAGCCCGAAUUCAUGCCUUAAUGCCUAAAGUAAAACUGAUCGUGCUUCUUCGUAAUCCGGUGGAUAGAGCCUAUUCAUGGUAUCAGCAUCGUCUUGCCCAUCGAGAUAUCGCCCCACAACUUUUAUCCUUUAAUGAUCUAAUGCUAUACGGUCAUAAUCUAACUGAAACCGACCUAUUGACUAUUGUAUCUGCUGAAAAACUCAAAAAAUUCUCCAUCGACACUAGAGAUUCACAUAUGCUUAAAAGUAUUGUUUCAAGCAUCCAUCACUUAUGGUCACGGUGUAUUGGUCCAGGAAAUUAUGAACAACACUUGCUCAACUGGUUGAAUUAUUUUCCAGCUUCACAGAUAUUAUUAUUAGAUGCUGACAAGUUUUCUCAAAAUCCUGUACCUACUAUGGAGAUUGUGCAACAGUUUUUAUCACUCCGUAGACAAUUGGAUUAUUCACAGUAUUUGCACUUCAAUUCAAAGAAGGGUUUUUAUUGUAUAUCUACGAGAAUGGUACAAGGUGAACAACAACAACAACAACAAAAGCAGCAGCACCGUUACCAUGACAAUUGCUUAGGUCAGAGUAAAGGAAGAGUAUAUGAGCGGUUAGAUCGUGAUAUUUUAAUACCGAAAUUGAUGAAUUUACACUUUUCUAAGGCUAAUCAUAAACUUUAUCAGUUGUUACAAAAGCAACCUGUAUGGCACAGAAUGCUAUCGAUGAAUUCAAAAAGCCUCCCUGCAUGGAUUAUGUAA